AUGAAGAGGAAAUCGCCACUUCAGCUUCAAGCCCUUCUGAAAGUCUAUGCAGUGGCGGCAAUGGUUUUUUGUGAAGCAGAGGAUAUGUAUCCUUCGCAUGGGGCCAUGGAAGAUCUUGCUGUGGUCUUGAACUUGACAUUCAAGCAGGUUCGCGGAUGGUUUAUUGAGAAAAGAAGGAGGGACAAAAGCAAAAAUGAAAUGAUAGAACCACCACGUUUGGCCAAGAAACUGUCAGUUUUCAAAGGAAGAAAGGGAGCCGAAGUUGCUUCUGAUGCUAGAAAAAUGCUUAAACAGUGGGAGCUGUCUGCUCAUAGCAGAGAUAAGUCUAACAUUCCUUCAUCUUCAAAGAACAAACAAGCACCUUCAGAGGUUCAGGGUAGGUUAUGCAAGAAGAAGAAGAAGUUGGUGCUUAUUCAGGAAUUGUUGACUUCUGAUUAUAUCAUGGGGAAAAUAUUUCGGAAAGAUGGUCCUCCCCUUGGUGUGGAGUUUGAUUCUCUUCCUACUAGAGCAUUUAAUGGUUGUAAAGGUAAAAAGUCCGUAGCAUGCUUGGUUAGUGAUGGUAUUGUAGUGCAGAGGGGUAGUUCCUACUUAUUUAAAAUGGUAUCCAUGGGUGCCACCUUUGAUGGUGAAAAUUGCAAUAAUAUUGCUCCAGUGAAGAAACAUGGUAUGGGGAAGGGUUUGAUGACAGUAUGGCGAGUAACAAAUCCUGAAGGUGGAGAUUUUCCUACUGGCAUUCAUUGUGGUGGCUCUCAAAUAACUGAUGCACCUCAAAUAUCAACUCCCGUGCCACGGAAGCAGCCACGUCAAAACAAGAAGCGAAGACCACCGGUGUCUUCUUUAGUGAAACAGAGAAUGUUGCAAAAAAAAUUACAGGAGAAGAGGAAGCCUUCUGUUAAAAAGAGGGAGGUGGAACCUAAACGAGAUGAGAUCCAGAAGCAUCCCUUCAGGGAAAAAUGUGAACUCGCUCUGGAAGGAUUAAUGAAUCAGGAACGACUUAAUCAAUUUGCAAUGUUAGUGGAUGAUGAAGAGCUAGAGCUGAGAGAGCUACAAGCUGGACCUAAUCCACUAACAUGUACUGAACAUUGUGCUGCAGACAGACUGUAUGGCUGUUCUCUUUGUAAAGAUUUGCUGGCUAAAUUUCCUCCAAAUUCUGUGAAGAUGAAGCAACCAUUUGCUAUGCAGCCUUGGGAUUCUUCUCCAGAGACUGUCAAGAAACUAUUUAAGGUCUUCCAUUUUCUUUAUACUUAUUCCGUUACAGUUGAUAUAUGCCCAUUCACUCUUGAUGAGCUGGCUCAAGCAUUCCAUGAUAAGGAUUCCUUUUUACUUGGAAAAAUUCAUGUGGCCCUUCUGAAGCUUCUUUUAUCUGAUGUCAAAACAGAGAUCAGUAGUGGACUCUUCCCUCAUUUGAGCAUAUCUUGCAAGUUUCUUGCACUUCUUCACUCAGUUGAAGAUCAAGAAUUUGUUGCGGAGUUCUGGAAAAAUUCUCUCAACCCUCUAACGUGGACUGAAAUACUACGUCAAGUGUUGAUUGCAGCUGGUUUUGGUUCAAAGCAAGGUGGAUUUCGUAGGGAAGUCCUCAGCAAGGAAAUGAGUCUCAUGGUGAAGUAUGGCCUACGUGCUGGAACUCUUAAAGGUGAAUUAUUUCGGCUUCUGUCAGUUCAAGGAAAUAAUGGAUGGAAAGUUUCUGACCUGGCAAAGUCUUCUCAAAUCGUGGAAUUAAAUCUUGCUGGCACAACUGAUGAGCUGGAGCUUUUGAUCUCUUCAACUCUUGCAAGUGAUAUCACUUUGUUUGAAAAGAUUUCAUCAUCUACUUUUCGUCUGCGCAUCAACACUCUUACAAAGGAAGCCAGUGAUUUUCAAUCAGAUUCUGAGGACUCCGGAAUUGUUCACGAAGACUUUGAUGAUAGCAGUGCAUUUAGCAGCAGUGAUUCUGAUUGCAAUUCAGAAAAUUCUAGUCCAAGAAAUCUUAAGCUUAUUGACUAUCGUAAAAGAAAGGUGCUUACAGUUGAGAAUGAAAUUGAUGAGAGCCAUCCGGGAGAAGUGUGGUUGUUAGGACUUAUGGAAGGCGAAUAUUCAGAUCUAAGCAUUGAAGAAAAGUUGAAUGCAUUAGUGGCAUUGAUUGAUCUUGUCAGUGCUGGAUCCAGUAUUAGAUUGGAGGAUCCAGCAAGACCUACUGUUGAAUCUGUUCCUAACAUAUACCACUGUGGUUCUGGAGCAAAAAUAAAGAGAUCAUCAUCAAAAAAGGAAAAUGUGCCCAGGCCAUCCUGGGUCCAUGCUGGUCAAAUAAAUGACUCAAAAGAAGCAUACACAUCAUUGAAGUUUUUCCCUGUUGAUUCUUCAGUGUUAUUCUCGAAGUUUGAUGGUAGGGAUAAACUUUCUGGCGAACAGAAAGAGCUAAAAGGGACAGGACAUGGGAUCAAUUUGCACCCAAUGCAAUCUAUCUUUUUAGGGUCUGAUCGUAGGUACAAUAGAUAUUGGCUUUUCUUGGGCCCUUGUAAUUCAUAUGACCCUGGCCAUAAGAGAGUCUAUUUUGAAUCUUCUGAAGAUGGUCACUGGGAAGUGAUUGAUACUGAAGAGGCUUUACGUGCUUUAUUAUCAGUUUUAGACGACAGGGGAACACGGGAGGCCCUCCUUAUUGAAUCUUUGGAGAAGAGGGAAGCUUUUCUCUGCCAAGAGAUGUCAAGGAGGGUAGUAAAUGAUUUUGGAGUUCGGUACUUCACACAAUCAGACCGGUCUGAGCUGGAAAUAGUUAGAGAAGAUAGUUCUUCUCCAGUGUCUGAUGUAGACAACAACCUAACCCUUACUGAUGUUGCAAAUGAUUCUUUGCCUCCAAUGGGUGCAAUAGUUCUUGAAACAGGAAAGAAGGGGGAAGAAGAAAACCAGAAAUGGAACCGUCUCCGAGAGUUUGAUACCUGGAUAUGGAACUGCUUUUACUGUGAUCUUAAUGCAGUAAAACGUAGAAAAAGGUCAUAUCUUGAAUCACUUAGCAGAUGUGAAACUUGUCAUGACCUGUACUGGAGAGAUGAGAAGCAUUGCAAAAUUUGUCAUACAACAUUUGAGCUUGAUUUUGAUCUUGAGGAAAGAUAUGCCAUUCAUUCAGCAACUUGUAGACAGAAACAGGACAAUGUGUUGUUUCCAAAACAUAAAGUUCUCUCGUCACAGUUGCAAUCACUGAAAGCUGCAGUUUAUGCAAUUGAGAAUGUUAUGCCAGAAGAUGCCUUGGUGGGUGCGUGGACAAAAUUUGCUCAUAGGUUGUGGGUCAGACGGCUUAGACGCACCUCUUCUUUGGCAGAACUUAUGCAGGUAGUUACUGAUUUUGUUGCUGCAAUUAAUGAGGAUUGGUUGUGUCAGUGUAAUCUUGCGCAAGGUUCAAAUACUUUUAUGGAAGAAAUCAUCACAUGCUUUCCUAUUAUGCCUCAAACAUCAUCUGCACUUGCACUUUGGUUGAUGAAGUUGGAUAAAUUAAUUUCUCCAUAUUUGGAAAAGAUUCAAUGUGAAAACAAGCAGGAAGCACAGAACAAAGUUUCAGUAACAUCAGGAUAUGCUUCUCUGCAGUUUGUCUAUGAGGAGAAUCGUUGUGAUGCAGUCUUGGGUCUGAGUUGA